AGCUUGUCAUGUGUUAUUAUUUCAUUAUUGCUUAUUUUCCUCCGCCACUAAAGACUUGUCUAACUUGUCUAUUUGAGUAGCCUGGCGUGCCUCCUUCAAAAUUCUACCCAUUCCCCCUCAUUCUUGCUGCAGUGUCUUCCUUCUCUAGGAAAAACAUGAGUACAUUUUCCGGAGACCCGAAAAAUGUACGACGAAAAACUCCGUCAUUUUCUUCAUCUCUGCUCGACUCGAUUUACAGAUCGAUAGAUGAGCCAUUGGGGAAAGAAGAAGAGAAUAGGAUGAGGAGAAAACCAGAGGUGGACUACGAAGAAGAGGUUCCAAGUCUGCGACGAGCCAUCAUGGUUGAGAAAUGGAUAGAAGAUCAUGGAAAUAAAAACAAAAAAACUAGCAAACAUGCUUUGAAGAAUUCUAAUGGCUCCAAUUCUUCAGAUUCCAGCUGCUGUGGCACCAUUUUUUCGUCGUCUGACAAUGAGUCCUCCGUGACAAGAUCAUUGCAGAAAUCGUCGUCUCUUCACACAAUGCAGACACCAAAGCGUGAAAAGAAGUUCAUUUCAACGACAAAAUCUAAGGCUCUGCAGAUCUAUAGUGAGUUCAAGAAAGUGAAGCAGCCAAUUUCUCCUGGAGGUCGAAUUGCUAGGCUUUUGAAUUCAUUUUUCAGCUCAAAAUCCAUAAAGAAACAAGACUGUAAUGAGGAUCUGUGCUCAGUAACAAAGUCACGAUCACUCAAAGACUUGUCUGCAACUUCUUAUGCAGCUUCUUCGUUAUCAAAGACGUGUUUCACCAAACCGCCAAGUAAAUUAGAGAGCAAUGGCAUGAAAAGGGCUGUGAGGUUUAGCCCUGUGAGUGUCAAUAUUGUCGGUGAAGAUUACAAGAAAAAAAAUGUUCACAAGGAUGAUCCGAGGAUCGUGUCUUUUCCUGUCACUAGGAAUCCGGAGAAGAAAAAUUACAAUGCAGCAGGCGGAGAUGUUCCUAAGUACAGAGGAACAUUUCAUAAAGUUGAGCAUGAAGAUCUUGAGGACGACAUGGCAAGCUGUUCUAGCUCAGAUCUGUUUGAGCUAGAUAACAUCUCGGUAGCAGCUUAUGCAGAGGAGCUCCCAGUUUACGGAACUACUAAGCUUAAAUCAAACAUGGUCAUUGCAAAUGGUUACGCUUUCUAGCAUUAGCUUAGUCAUCACUUGGCUAAUAAUUUAUUUUGUAACAAGGUGUAGAAGAAUGGUUAUAAGCAUUCGGGGUUUUAAAUGAAAAUUGGUUGAUCAUAGAAUGUUUAUCAACUUAGUAUCUCAUUUUAUUAUUACAUUCUGGCUCAUUAGUUACUCUGAAUCUCAACAUUGUUGUUUCUGAA